ACAUGCCUAAAACUCAUGCAUGCAUAUAAGACAUAUAGCGACAAUUAUAGAUGAUAUAUAGAUAUUGGGUGCAAACUUGAAAUUAGAAUUUCAAAUCACCACGACGGUCCUUUGUUAUAUAAAACUCUGUACAUUUCGUCUUUUCAGUAUGCAUACAUACAUAAAUAUACAUACAUACAUACAUAAAUAUACAUACAUAUAUAUAUAUAUAUAUAUAUAUAUAUAAAAUAUGCUGCAGCCUACCAUAUUAAAUUGCAAUUGCAUUUUCUCCCACGAAUUCCAAACUACUCAGGCAGACAAAGCGACAAGCACAGGCAUGAAUUAUUAUUCCACCAUGAGUAGGCUUAACACUACUUGUGGUUACCUGAUGGCAGAGGAAAGUUUGGUGGAUGAGUGACCCUCCAGGAAUCUGCAUCAAAGGUUCAAUCAGCUGCAGUCUGCAGGUGGUCCAUCCACUAAUUAAACAUAAAAAUACAAAAAUACAAAAAAAAAAAAAAGUGAAAAAAUGAGCUGUAAGGCGAAGCUUCAAAACCUUCCAUCUGUAAAUGAAGUCUGAACGAAUACAACCACUCCAUUCAAGAGGGAAGAAGGAUCAUCCCCUCUUUUCAGCAAGAUCAAGUUCGAGAACUAGGGUGAAUUUUCAUGGCCCUACGAGGUCCGAGACUGGUAGUGCCCAUAGACCUGAAGAAGAAGCCAUGGGAGCAGAAGCUUCCUCUGCACAACCGGUGGCAUCCGGACAUACCCCCUGUCGCAGAGGUUACAGAAGCAGAGAUUUUCAGGGUAGAGAUGGUCGAUUUCAGCGGCGGAGGAAUCACUCAUGACUACUCCGCGCACGACAUCAAACAUGUCGAUCAAUCUGUUGUUCAUUAUCUCAGUGGACCAAUCAGAGUUUUGGACACAGAUGGUGUUCCAGCCAAGCCCGGUGAUCUUCUAGCAGUUGAAAUAUGCAACCUGGGGCCACUCCCUGGAGAUGAAUGGGGCUAUACAGCAACAUUUGACAGGGAAAAUGGGGGUGGUUUUUUGACUGACCACUUUCCCUGUGCAACCAAAGCUAUCUGGUAUUUCGAAGGAAUAUAUGCCUACUCCCCUCACAUACCAGGUGUACGCUUUCCUGGUUUAACUCACCCUGGAAUAAUUGGAACUGCACCUUCAAAGGAACUACUGGAUAUAUGGAAUGAAAGGGAGAGAGAACUAGAAGAAAAUGGUCCAGAGUCUCUGAAACUUUGUGAGGUUUUGCAUUCACGACCGCUGGCAAACCUGCCAACAACCAAAGGGUGCCUCCUGGGAAAGAUCCAAGGGGGAACUCCUGAAUGGGAAAGAAUUGCUAGGGAAGCUGCAAGAACAAUUCCGGGAAGAGAGAAUGGGGGAAAUUGUGACAUCAAAAAUCUUAGUAGUGGUUCAAAGAUAUACCUUCCAGUUUUUGUUGAUGGAGCUAACCUUAGUACUGGGGAUAUGCACUUUUCUCAAGGUGAUGGAGAAGUAUCAUUCUGUGGAGCAAUUGAGAUGAGUGGCUUUCUAGAGCUCAAAUGUGAAAUUAUAAGAGGGGGAAUGAAAGAGUACCUUACACCAAUGGGACCCACACCCCUCCAUGUAAACCCAAUAUUCGAGAUAGGCCCUAUUGAGCCAAGAUUCUCAGAAUGGUUAGUGUUUGAGGGCAUCAGCGUUGAUGAGAAUGGGAGGCAGCACUACCUUGAUGCAAGCAUUGCUUACAAGCGUGCAGUACUCAAUGCCAUUGACUACCUCUCCAAAUUUGGGUACUCCAAAGAACAGAUGUAUCUUCUACUAUCAUGCUGUCCCUGUGAAGGAAGGAUUUCAGGAAUAGUUGACUCCCCCAACGCUGUUGCCACCCUCGCAAUUCCAACAGCUAUCUUUGACCAGGAUGUUCGUCCAAAAACCAACAAAGUACCAAUUGGGCCGCGGAUAGUAAGAAAUCCAGAUGUCCUCAAAUGCACUUAUGAUGGAAGCUUGCCCAUUACAAAGAACCCAAGUGCCACAAAAUAACUAUUAUCAAGACAACUAAAUAGAAGAAGCAAAUAAGCAGGAUUACAUUUGUUUUCCUGAUGUAUGGUGUUAGCGUGUUGUGCUAUUUGUUUGUAUUAACACGUGCAAUGGAGUGGGGGUUCUGGUAGCUUGAUAUACAUUGUUUGCCUACCCCUAACAUUUCAAAAGUGCUCAAGAUUUUGAGACUAAGUGGUUACUUAACAACAUACACGCCUAAAAGUCAUUAUUCCUUAUAAUCGUAUUGCAAAAUUUAUAGAUGAAAA